AUGCCUGGCUUGUGUAUCCAGCUCACUGUGCUGCUACCCCUGCUGGUGCACACUCAUUAUGCCCCCAGCUGUGGGGAAAACCAAUACCCUGAAACAUCUCGGGGUAGAGAAGUGUGCUGCAACUUCUGUGCUCCAGGUCAAGAGAUAUCAGUCAUAUGCGUUCCAGGUAAUUCAGCAUCGAAGUGUAAAGACUGCAAUGCCCAAUAUUAUAACCCAAAGAACACCAGGAACCGAUGUAAGAGAUGCACCAUUUGUGAUAAAGGUGAAGGAAGUAUCGAAAUACAGCCAUGUACCAAAACCUCAAAUGCUGAGUGCGCCUGCCCUGAAGGAAGUACUCCAAGAAAUGAACAUAAGACGGCUUGUCGAUGUGACAUAGGAAAAGAAAUCAGAAAUAACAAAUGCCAACCCUGUAAUUCCGGAUAUUUUUCAAUGAAAGAAAACAGUGUCUGUCGUCCAUGGACAAACUGCAGCGCAAAGGGUGAAACAGUUUUGGAGGCUGGUUCUGCCACACAAGAUGUAAAAUGCACCAAACCAACGAAUGUCACAUUGGAUAUUCCCCACCAAAUUGUAACACAGACACUGGCACAUUCAAGUCAACGAAUCACUAUUCAACCACAAGUCAAUGCCACCACUAUUCAGCGUUUCAAAACUGACAUAUCCAGCACUGAGAAAACCACAGAAAGCGGAUUUCUGGCUUGGGGGGCCCUGUCAUUAAUUCUCAUUGGAGUUAUCCUACUGUCAGUCUCUGCUGUAAUAAUUGUAAUUAUGAUAAUACAGUCAAAUCGUAAGAAGAGGAACAGAGGAUUCAUUAGAGGUGAGAGGUGCAAAGUUCCGGUACAAGAGGAAAGCACAAGUUCUGACAGCAGUCUUGCCAAGCAGUGCCCAGCAUGAGGGAGACUGGGAGUCUGCAUGCGGCAGUCCUUUUCCACUGGCAUCCAGUGACUCACUGUAAUAAGGGACCCUCUGUGACUCGGAGUGACUUACAGUAUCUGCAAAUCACUCUACAGACCAUUUUUAUAUGAGACUGUAUAACAGCUGUGACAGACUAUAGACUCUCUGGUCUCCGUUUUUCCACAAGAAGAUUCAUUUGUAAUGUGUUAUUUCCAUGAAACCCUCUUGGAUAACCUCAGAAGUAUCUCACCAAUUAAAGGAUGCUGAGGGUGAUUGUGUGACUGGAUGAGGUUCACCUUGGGUUAACACCAUCUUCAGAUGACCUUCACCUCUUAUGACCCUACUCUCUAACACAGCCUCCAACCAGUAUCUGACACUGUGUGCAUGUAUAAAAAUGAUAAAGACUCCUCUGAUGUGGAGCCCAUGUGCUCACGCAGUAAGCCAGCAACUAACACACGUUAACCAAUAGAUUGCGGGUUAAGUGCCAGGGUCCAUGGGUGAACAUGCUUGUGGCAGCCACGGUAAGGGCACAAAUCCCUACUUACCACAGAUUUAUUUUCGCACCUCAGAAGUGUUUGAACAGAAAUUCACAUUAAAUGCAAUUGAAUAGACCUGGGCACAUACCCGGGAGCUACAAGCCCAUAGUAAGCACCACGGGUAAUUGAAUCUGGCCCCAUGUUAUAUCAACAUCCAUACAGCUCUAAUAAUCUCUUAUCAAUCAAGUACAGUGAUAAAAAAGCAAUGCCAGCCUCAAAAAUGUUUGAGUCUUAUUAAGGCCACACAUGCAGCAGUACUAACAAAUUGGUCCGAUAAAGGCCCUAUUUGACAAGAAAGGUGGUCCUGCCAUAAAAAUCUAUAUAGGAUUUUAUCGAGUAAAAAAGUGCAACUGACAGAACAAGGGUGUAACGUCACACAAUAAGUGCCAUCAAAACUUUGUGUGUAGACAGUGCAAAUAAAGAAGUUAUUCUGCAUUUUUUUUAUUUGUUUGCCUGAAUGUAUUGGGCCAAGUAUGUCCAAGAGUCCAAUUGGGUAGCACAUUCCUCCAGAGGUUGGGAUAAAGAUAUAAACCUCUUAGAAGGAUAUUGGAAAUCAAUAUUAUCAGCAAUAUAUAUUUGUUUUUUUCAAAUACUGAUAUAUUGAACCAUAUCAUUGUACUGAACCGUAUCACUGUACUGAACCAUAUUACUGUACUGAACUGUGUCACUGUACUGAACUUUAACACUGUAUAGAACCAUAUCACUGUACUGAACCAUAUCACUGUACUGAACCAUAUCACUGUACUGAACCGUAUCACUGUACUGAACCAUAUCACUGUACUUUAAUAUCAUCGUUUCAGUUGGUGCUGACAUUUUUCUUUGCGAUCAUAUUUACUGCAUUAGUGCUGUUAGUCUGUUCAGUCUUCUAUCACAGCAGCGUUCACUUGAUCAGUGGAUAUUAUUCAAAUACAAAAGAAAAUAAAUGCCCUUGUGUAAUUAUGUAGUGUGAGAAAAUACCAUGGUGAUUAAUAUAUAUAUUCCACUUCCAACAAUAGAGAAGCGAUGGAUGACUAAAGGUAUUCUCCUUGCUGGAAAAGAUCUUUCUUGCAGAUCAACCACUGAAAUCUCUGAAUAUAUUUUGUGGUAUUUUCAGCACUGGUCAUUCUGUUACAUAUUAUCCAAAAAUAAAGGAAAGGAACAGAAUCCUGUACUAUAUCUGUCACACUAUUUUUCUAUAAAUGAAUGAUUCCACCCUCAAAUUUAAAAAAAAAACAAAAAAUUUAGCACAUCAUUUAAGACUCCAGUUUGCCUAUCAGAUGAUAAUGAACAUAAAUGCGUAGUAAAAGUUAUAGGGGUAUAUUAAAUUACGGUCGAAACUGCCGUCUUGUUGGCCAGACAGCAGUUUUCGACUUUUUAAGGUCGGAAGGGUUUCCGACCUAUUCAAUCCCCCCCUCAGCUUUCCGACAAGUAGGGAAAUUUGAGUUGUCGGAAAGCACGUGGAUCGGCGGAAUAGCUGCCGAUCCGCGUGCUUCUGUCGUAAACGGGACCAAAUUCGACAGGUUUUGGUCCCGUUUCCGAAAAUCUCAAUCUGACUUAAAAAAAAGUCAGAUUGAGGUGAGGAG